UCAUGAAUAAUUAACUGAGUACUACGCUUCGAGUUCACGCGGGCUGGAUUAAAAAAUAUAUGUUUAUCCAGAAAAGUAAAGAUGGCGACGGCUAUAUAUUUGGAACAUUACUUGGACAGUAUUGAAAACCUACCCUGUGAGCUACAGAGAAACUUCACUCUCAUGCGGGAGUUGGACAGUAGAACUGAAGAAAAGAAGGGGGAGAUCGAUAAACUGGCUGCAGAAUACAUCGCCAAUGUGAAGAACCUGGCUUCAGAGCAAAGAGUGGAGCACCUGCAGAAGAUCCAAAAUGCCUACAGCAAAUGCAAGGAGUACAGUGAUGACAAAGUGCAGCUGGCCAUGCAGACAUAUGAAAUGGUGGAUAAACACAUCCGCAGGCUGGAUGCUGACCUGGCCCGCUUCGAGAAUGAGCUGAAGGAGAAACUGGAAGUGAGCGGCUAUGAGAGUCCUGACGGAAGAGCAUUGAAGAAGACCAGAAAUCUCAAGGACAAGAGAGGCUCUCGUGGUAGAGGCAAGAAAGGAUCGGAUGAAGACUCACCCAGGAAGAAAAAAAUGAAGAAUAGCCCCGAUUUUAGCGACUCUAUUUUAGCCGUCCACCCGUCCGAUGUGCUGGACAUGCCGGUUGACCCCAACGAGCCCACGUACUGCCUCUGCCACCAGGUGUCCUACGGGGAGAUGAUUGGUUGUGACAACCCUGAUUGUCCAAUAGAGUGGUUUCACUUUGCUUGUGUUGACCUUACUACGAAGCCCAAAGGGAAAUGGUAUUGUCCUCGCUGCACCCAGGACAGGAAGAAAAAAUGAGGUGCAAAUCACCAUGUUUUAAGAUAUCUUGUCAAUGCAGUAAAACAGUGUAAUAUAUACUAUAUAUAAAUAUUUUCCCAUUCUAUAUUGACCAUGGUCUUUGGGACUGUGGUCAGUUUUAAAAAAAGGUUUUUCUUUUAAAAAUUGCUGUUAAUACUUGAAAUGUGUAAAUCCUCAUCUAUUCUGUGAGUUUUAGUAUUUGGCAGCCGAGCCUAUCGAUUGGAGUUUUUGUGUAGCCAGUAAACAGCAGGGUCAGAGUUUGGGCCAGUCGUCCGCCCUCCCUGGAUCGCCCCGGACGCGGGCGCCAGCUGAAAGCAGUGCGACACGGUCAGUGUUUUGUCCAAGUUUUCCUGCUGGCCUACCUCACCGGUCAAGCUCUCGCGGCACUGCAGUCUCUGUCUCGGCCCUAAACACUGGUAGGGGAAAAAAGGGAGCCCAAGGUUUACAUCCCGUUUGGAGCCCAAAAGAAAGAAUAAAUAACUCCGUCCAUGCAGAAACUGCUUGAAUCACAUAUUUUUUAAAAAAUAUAAUUGGAACGUACAAUAUGAUGGUGGGUCCCAGAAGCCUGCGGUGUAAUUAUGUGUCAUCAUUUUUCAUGGCGAGCACUCCUGUUUUGGUUGUUGAAGUUGAUGUUUCAGCCUUUGUGGCUCCAGAUAGGAAUUUCCAUCACUGGUAGAACUAAUCUAAUUAUGACAAGGACAGUUCUGUUGUUAUUUUAGGCAUGGCAGGGCUAGGGCAUUUUUUGCACUGCUUAAAGAAUCCCUUCUGGCAAGCACAGUCGUAGUUCCCUGUGUUAAUUAACCUUUUUUUGUCUGAGACUGGGAAUGGUAUCUCCAUUUCAGCUCUAGUCUCUCUUAACAAGCUGCUUUGAUGAAUAAUUUAUUUAAUAAAUGCUGUUAAUUUGCUGUUUUGUCAGACAUGACGUCAGACACAGAAAACUGCAAUAGGAUGUAUUUGCUGGAAAAGCUUUUGUAAUCCUGUGGGAUUGUCUCCAAAUGAUUUUCAAACAGCUCCUUUGAAACAAGAAGUUUACAAAUAAUAUCAAAUGCUUCACUUAACCCAUAAUCCAAACCUACAGUAAAACGUGGUCGGUUGUUUUUAAUAUAAAUGUGUAAUAUGCAACCAAAUUAUCUUUUGACUUCUAAAUAUGAUUGCAUUGUGUGUUCAGGGGGAGCAACAAAAGCCAAACGGGCACUAUUUGCAUGGGCUGCGGCUCCUCUUCUGGCACUUUUUGCUCUCUAGUGCCUCCAGUGGUGAACUUUGAGCAGCUCCUGGUGUAACCGUCAGUCAGGGGGAUACUGUCAUCUCCAGGGCUGCUCUCUCCAGUCUCAGCCAAAAAUUAAAUUUGCUUUGACAAUGAUGGGGAAAAGGAACUUAUUGCACCUGUGCUUUAAAUACAUGCAAGAAAGAGUACUGUGUUACACUUUUCCUGUUGUUUGAUCUUGAAACUAAUACGACUAAUUUGCACUGAUUAAUUGAUGCCAUGAACCAGAAAUAUCUGUGGUCGAAACCAGUCCAACAGAAGCCCUCAUUUAGUUCAUAUGUUAUCUGAGUGUGGGCAUGGAUGCGAGCAGAGGUUUAUAGUUUAACUGUGAAGUUUUACUCGGCAUAAAUAAAGGGAUGCUAACUGUGCUAUUCGAUGUUCCAUUCUCAAUGUGCCGAGGCAUGUGACUUCUAGAGUUCCAUCAACUAGAAAAAACAGACCUGCUCAAGCGUAACCCUCUAUGUCUGUUAUAGGAGACUACUGGUACCGCAAUGUCUGCAGGAAUGUGAUGAACUGAGUUUCAGAAUGAUGUGUAUUAUAUCUUUCAUGAACGUUUGGUAAAUACUCUGAGAUACAGAAGUCAUUUGUGCAAAAUUAAUAAUGGACAGUUACUCGUGAUUUUAUUAUGAAAACAGUGGUGGUUACUCUAUGAAAGCUAUCUUGCUGUUUUUUUUUUUCUUUCUUAAAUGCACCAAUUCAUUAUUUGGUAAGUGUUGUUGUUAAUGUCAAUGUACACUCAAAGCAGAUAAUGAAGAUAUUUUUUUGUAUGUUUUCUCUGGAAAGAAACAUCUCCCUUACCUGAAAGGUCCCGUUGAAGUCCUGUUUCUGUCAUAGAGCAACUAUAUAAAACUGAAAGUAUAAUUAGACCUUUCUGUUGUGGACGAUCAGUACAUUCAUAUACAAAAGCACAGAGUGGAAUUAUGUGGAAGGUGUCUGAGGACACCAGCCUAUUAUAUUGCUUCUACAAACUAAAAUUGUCCCAAAAAUACCAUCAGUAAAGCAACCUACACAUGCUGUGUUGUGAGUUGUAUUAAAGUAAAUCUAGUUUCUCCAAAGCUAUCUGAAGAACUCUGUAGGAUGCAAGCAGAUGUGAUGUAUAGAUUCAAAUGGAUGGACAGAUUCAUGUUUUCCUGGGACCAUUUUAUUGUAAAAACCAUAUUUGUGCAGUGAAUAUGGGACAGAAUUAUGCUAUUGCUUCUCAAUGAUUGUCGCAGG